CCUUCUAGCUGAGAAGUUCAGACGUAUGUAAGGUCUGCUGCCAUGAAGGAAAUCUCUUCUGCUGUAUUACUUGUUUGAGCUUCUUUCAUGGGGACUGCCACCUCCCACCUGUGGAAACUGAGAGGAGCCCAUGGAGUUGCACCUUGUGCAGGGUGAAAGAGUCUUCAGGAAAUCAGCAAUCUGCCAGGGAAUCUGAAGUCCUAGCAAGGCAGAUGGGACCUGAGGAGCAGCUGAAAUGUGAGUUCCUCCUCUUGAUGAUUGAAUGCUAUUCAGAGAGCAAUGUGUUUCCGAAUAUUCAACAUGAUAACUAUAGAAUAGAGAUUCUUCAAUGCAUGGCAGAUUUUUGGAUGCUGAAUGAAAUCAAGAAGAAGCUAAAGGAGCGGGGUUACCUCAACGUGAUGGGGUUUAUGCAGGACGUGCGCUGCAUCUUUCGGGAACACAGGGCAUCUAAAAAGUGCAAUAACUUUUGCUGGGGAAUGAGACUGGAGAAGCAAUUUGAGCUGAAUUUCAAGCAAGUGUUUGCUGUCCAGGAAACAGAACAAGAACAUACAACAAAAUUAAAUUAGAGAACAAUGUUCAGGAAACAAAACAAGAACAUACAACAAAAUUAAAUUAGAAAACAAAAUUAGAAGUCCAACAAAGAAGAAGAAACUAUGUCACAUACAAUGGAGCCCCCACAAGACUAUCAGAAAAUUACUCAACAGAUAUUUUGCAGAUCAAGAGAGAGUGGAUGAUAUACUGAAAACAUUGAAAGAAAAUAAUUGUUAAGGAAGAUUAGUACUCAGCGAAGCUGUCCUAUAGAAUUAAAGGAGAAAUAGACCCAUCAAAGAGAACUUGAGAAAGUUCAUGACCACUAGAAUUGCUUUAUAAGAAGUGCUAAAGCAGUGGUUCUCAACCUUCCUAAUGCCGCGACCCUUUUAUACAGUUCCUCAUGUUGUGGUGAUCCCCAACCAUAAAAUUAUUUUUGUUGCUACUUCAUAACUGUAAUUUUGCUACUGUUAUGAAUCGUAAUGUAAAUAUGUGUGUUUCUGGAUGGUCUUAGAUGACUCCUGUGAAAGGGUCAUUCAACCCCCAAAGGGGUCGUGACCCACAGGUUGAAAACCACUGUGCUAAAGGAUGUUUUCAAGCUAAAAUAAAAGGAAAGUAGUUAACAUUGUAAAAACAUGACCUGAACUCUCAACUAUACACAGUUGGGU